UUGUUCUGCAUUUUUUCCACGCAAGUACUUCAGUAGCGGCGUAAUGUAUUAUCGGUAUACUGCUCCGUGAAGCAUAGCUCAGCAUAUCAUCCCUUUGAGUCUAACAUUUUGCAGAGUCGUUCUAACUUAACGACUUUUUCUGACAACGAGAUGCCGCACCGAUGGGUAACAGCUUUUGUCGAUUGACGUUCACUGCAGCCGUGUCGCUUUUGGUUUAUGCAGUGCUUUUCUUGACCAGCUCCUCAUCGUCAGCUUGUCCGACGGCUGUAGUGAAGUCCUGCCGCAACGUCCCUUGCCAGUACAGUAUCGCCACUCUGGAGAGAAUCGUUGAAGACGCAACGCGCAACACAGCCAGCGAGAAAAUCCAUUUGGUUUUCCAGCGACCCGCCCCAAGCGCUGGUCGCGGCAUUCUUCAAGUGAUCCGUGUCGACUCCGGUGGUGAUGCCUCCUUCCCGUGCGCCGUGCACAACCUCACCUAUAACGCUCCGUUGCAACUUCCGGAUAUCUUCUGGACGCAUCAACAACUUGCGCUAGCGUUCUUCAGCAACGGCCGCCUUUUAAGCGAAGGCAAAUUUGACCUCCAGUAUUCCGUGCACUCCCGUCCGUCGCCGGCAUUCGCCUACGCUAACGUCAUCAUGAUAUUGACCUUUAAGAACGUCUCUUGGAAGAUCAGCGGGGACGUGGCCUGUUCCGAGGUGUGCCGUCUGAACCCGGCCAUCGUUUUCGAGCCUCCACAUACCGGGAUGGUUGGGGAUGCUACGUUCUGCGACCGCAACAAACAGAAUUUCCGCUUGCUGGUCUUUCCUUCCGCCAGCGAACUGUUCCCCGUCCCGCUGGCCAACGUUAGCUUGCGCCGAGGAGAGGAUGCCCACAUUGGCUGCGUGGCCAACCGUCUGAACGCAGCCACCCUAUCUGCUUUCAUUUGGCGCUUCAACGGCCGCGUGAUUGCCGCUCCCGUGGACCAUCCACUACGUGCUCUGGUUAGCCUCGUCGUGGAUCCUCGCGGCGGCCGCGUGCCGCCCGAACAGUUCCCUCUGUACGGCAUCUCUGCAGCGAGGGAUUUUACCUUUGCCGUAUCAUUCAACAUCACGGAGACGACAAUCAUAAGCACGCUUGUCAUCAGCGACGUCGACCUGCAUACGUCAGCGCGCGUGGAGUGCUGGGUGCGGCCGGAUGACAGCCAGGAGGUGUGGCGCCGACAGAUUGCCUACCUCCAUGUUGUAUCUACCCCGGCCGCCUAAUCGGCCUGCAGAUGCCAGUGCGAAUUUUUUGUUACUAUUAGAACGGUUCACUGCGGCGAAUUAGCGUAUGCGGAAGACCUAAAGGUGACUCGUAUCCACUCUUGUUCCUAGCAAAUUCUUGCAGAAGUUGUCUGAAUAAUCUGCAUCAGACUGCACGCACCAGAUUUCGAAAUAACUGAGACACUGAUAUAAUAGGAAAGUGCACUCGCUUUUUGCGGGAACUGCAUGACCAAAGCAGGAUCAUAUGAUAAGAAAUGGCUGUUGGUAUCCCCUUUUAAAUAUUUUUACUGUAGACAGUUCGUUUCGGUUACUGUUAAUGUUCGCA